CCGCAAAACCCAACACUAUAUCACAUUCACAGAUUCACUUCAAAAACAAACACCAUUUUUUUGUGUCUCAAUUUCCAAAGUACAGUACAGUAACAUUUUUAUCAAACAAAAAGAGCAUGAAACUAAACCCCUCUUUAAGAACACUCACCAACACUUCAAUAAACCCAAUUCUCAGACUUAAACAUUAUUAUUCCGUUGCAAUCAAUACCAAGAAAACCCCAUUAUGUUACACUGAAUGUGAUCCUCACAUUGCACAAUACCUGUUUGAUAAAACUCCUCAGAGACUAACAACCCUUAAAGAACAUAACCAAUUACUCUUUCGUUACUCUCGCGAUAAUCAAACCAAAGAAGCCCUCAAUUUGUUUGUGUCCCUUUUUCGUUCUUCUUUACAACCUGAUGAAUCCACAUUGUCUUGUGUUAUCAAACUUUGUGCUAGUUCCUUUGAUGGGAAAAUGGGUAGGCAAGUUCAUUGUCAAUGUGUUAAAUUUGGACUUGUGUAUCAUGUUAGUGUUGGAACUUCACUUGUUGAUAUGUAUAUGAAAUCUGAGUCUGUUGAUGAUGGAAGGAGAGUUUUUGAUGAAAUGGGUGAGAGGAAUGUUGUGUCUUGGACUUCGUUGCUCGCGGGUUAUUCGUGGAAUGGAUUAUAUGAUUGUGUAUGGGAAUUGUUCUGCCAGAUGCAGUUUGAGGUGGUUUUUCCUAAUCAGUAUACUGUUUCUACUGUAAUUGCAGCUUUGGUUAAUGAGGGUGCUGUUGAUUUAGGAUUGCAGGUUCAUGCCAUGGUUGUUAAGCAUGGUUUUGAGGAUGCAAUACCUGUGUGCAAUUCUCUGAUUAGUAUGUAUUCAAGGGCAGGGAUGUUGAGAGAUGCUAGAGAUGUUUUUGAUAAAAUGGAGAACAAGGAUUGGGUUUCUUGGAAUAGCAUGAUUGCAGGACAUGUGAGAAAUGGGCAAGAUUUUGAGGUUUUUGAAAUUUUUAAUAAAAUGCAACGUGCAGGAGUUAAACCUACUUAUAUGACAUUUGCUAGUGUUGUUAAGUCAUGUGCUAGCCUUAGAGAAUUGGUGUUAGUAAGAUUGAUGCAAUGUAAGGCUCUGAAGAGUGGUUUUACCACAAACGAAAUUGUCAUAACUGCACUCAUGGUAGCAUUGAGUAAGUGCAAGGAAAUGGACGAUUCGUUUAGUCUAUUCUCGUUGAUGGAAGAAGGUAAAAAUGUGGUGUCAUGGACUGCGAUGAUCAGUGGUUACUUGCAGAAUGGUGGCACUAACAAGGCUGUGAAUUUGUUUUCUCAAAUGAGAAGGGAAGGUGUUAAACCAAAUCAUUUUACAUAUUCUGCGAUCCUUACUGUGCAGCAUGAUGUUUUCGUUUCCGAAAUGCAUGCUGAAGUUAUCAAAACUAAUUAUGAAAAGUCAUCUUCGGUAGGAACUGCACUUUUAGAUGCUUAUGUUAAGUUAGGAAAUACUAACGGUGCUGUUAAAGUUUUCAAGAUAAUUGAAGCGAAGGACUUGAUGGCAUGGUCAGCAAUGCUCGCAGGAUAUGCACUAACAGGAGAAACCAAAGAAGCUGCUAAAAUCUUCCAUCAAUUGAUAAAAGAAGGGAUCAAACCAAACGAGUUUACCUUUUCCAGCAUCAUCAAUGCUUGUGCUUCUCCUACCGCGGCAUCAGAACAAGGAAAACAGUUUCAUGCCUAUGCAAUUAAAAUGAGAUUUCAUAACGCUUUAUGUGUAAGCAGUGCUCUUGUUACCAUGUAUGCAAAGAGAGGCAAUAUUGAUAGUGCACAUGAAGUUUUUAAAAGGCAGAAGGAUAGGGACUUGGUUUCUUGGAACUCAAUGAUCUCUGGAUAUUCACAACAUGGCCAGGCCAAAAAAGCUUUAGAGGUAUUUGAUGAGAUGCAAAAACGAAACAUGGAAGUGGAUUCCGUAACAUUCAUCGGAGUCAUUACUGCCUGCACUCAUGCUGGCCUAGUGGAAAAAGGUCAAAAGUACUUCAAUUCAAUGAUCAAUGAUCAUCACAUUAAUCCAACAAUGAAGCACUACUCUUGCAUGAUAGAUUUAUAUAGUCGUGCAGGGAUGCUGGAAAAAGCUAUGGAUAUCAUAAAUGAGAUGCCAUUUCCUCCUGGUGCAACUGUGUGGCGCACUCUCUUGGGAGCCGCUCGAGUACACCGCAAUAUAGAGCUCGGAGAACUUGCUGCUGAAAAACUUAUUUCUCUUCAGCCAGAAGACUCGGCUGCAUAUGUCCUAUUAUCCAAUAUGUAUGCUGCAGCAGGAAACUGGCAAGAGAGAACCAAUGUGAGAAAACUAAUGGAUAAAAGAAAAGUGAAAAAAGAACCAGGGUAUAGUUGGAUUGAGGUUAAAAACAAGACAUACUCAUUCUUGGCUGGUGAUUUGACACAUCCUUUGUCAAACCAAAUUUACUCGAAACUUUCAGAGUUGAGUAUCAGGUUGAAAGAUGCAGGUUAUCAACCUGAUACAAACUAUGUAUUUCAUGAUAUUGAAGACGAACAGAAAGAAACUAUUCUUUCUCAUCACAGUGAAAGGCUGGCUAUUGCUUUUGGGUUAAUAGCUACACCUCCUGAAAUUCCAAUCCAGAUUGUGAAGAAUCUUAGGGUCUGUGGAGAUUGUCAUAACUAUAUCAAGUUAGUAUCACUCAUUGAACAGAGAUAUAUUGUUGUCAGAGAUUCAAAUCGGUUUCAUCACUUUAAAGAUGGAUUGUGCUCAUGUGGAGACUAUUGGUGAUAUUUGAGCUAUAAUGUGUUGUUUUGAAGAUGCUUAAGCAUCAUGUGCAUUAGAAUUCUUUUGGCAAAGAAAAUUUUAAAUUAGGCGAGACACACUCUCAUGGCAAGGUCAGAGAGAACCGUCAAUUUCAUUGAAAAAUUAGAAUAUAAUUUAUGUAUAGUUUACCAAUGGCGGAAUUACGAACUUGAACCCAAGGCAUGGCAGGUGUGAGCCAAGGUACAAAGAGAAACCAUGAAAGCUUCUCUGUGAAGCAUAAAGUCUCAAGGAAGCUUUAUGUAAGGAGACUUGUCGGAUUAGGAAUUGAAAUCACAUGUACAUUGCAUUGGUUCUCUGCUCUAAGUGAGAUAGGCCAUGGUAGAUAUUGUUCAACUUGUGAAUAAUGAUCCAUCAACAGAACUUUUAGAAAGUAUGCUUUUAAUAUUUGCUAUAACAAAAAGGUCCAUAGCAUUUCUAUAAUUUGUUAACUGAUUGCAGGAAUCCUCAAAAGUCCCAACCAAUUUUGCUUAUUAACUGAUUCAACAAGUAAUAAUUAAUUUAGUUAUUUCAUCUAUGUUUUGAGAGUAAUUGGUGUCCAAAAUUUAUGUAACUGAAUUAUAAGUACACAAAAUUUGGUAAUGUAACCAAGUCAAAUGAGCCAUAUUUCAUAUUAUAAGUGCAAAAGUUACUUUUUGAACCAAGUCAUCCAAGGCAAAUACAUGAGAAGGACGGUUCCAGUUCCAUAGAAAAGUUAAGGUUUGAGUUUUGGCACAUGUGAAUAAGUCACAUUUUCUUUAACUUUUGCAGCUGGUACAACCAAGCCUCAUUCAGCCUCUCAAGAACAUUCCCGGAGUUAAGAUCUUCGAGUAGGCUUUCCUCACACGCAUCUUUGAGAUCGCCUAUGUCGUAUUUAUUGGCUGCUCCGAGCAAUGAAAGCCUGUGUUUCCAAAAAUCUCCAGGUUUUAUUGUGCCGUACAUGUAACUUAGAAGGGCCGUGCAGGAUUCUUGUGACAUUUCUUCUGUGUGGAUUGUAGACGACUCUUUCUCUUCGCUGCUGUCACGAUAUGAGGCCAGGAAUGCAGGAGAAGUUGCGGACAAGACUGCUUUAUGUGCCUUGAGUCUGCUGUUAUAAUGGUGAGGUCAGCAUGUAUAGCUUCGUCAAGCAUGCGAGAGAGGCAUCGGAGAGUGUUUGGUUUGGAGUUGCAACAGAUUGCAGUUUUCCAUCAGAUGGCCAUAUAGAACUGGCUUCUCCACCCUGACUCUCCGACGGGAAAAAAUUAAAUCAAAGGGUAAGUAGCAACAGUCUAACAAUGCUAGUCAAUGGAUAAAACACUCGAUAUGAAAGAUGACAUAUAACAACUCUUUUUAAAAAGAAAUAUGAUUUGAAUAAUAUAUAUGCUAUUAAAUAGUAGUUAGUUGGGAGAGAUAUAGAUUAAAUAGAAAGAUUAUUA